AUGACUUCCACUGGAAUGAACAACAUGGGCAAGAUCAUCUUCUACGAGGAGAGGAACUUCCAGGGCCGCACCUACGAGUGCAUGAGCGACUGCCCCGACAUGUCCUCCUUCCUGAGCAGGUGUCAGUCCUGCAGGGUGGAGAGAGGCUGCUUCAUGGUGUACGACCGCACCAACUUCAUGGGCACCCAGCACUUCCUGAGGAGGGGCGAGUACUCCGACUACAUGAGCAUGAUGGGCACCAGCGGCGACUGCGUCAAGUCCUGCCGCAUGAUCCCCAUGCACAGAGGUUCCUUCAGGAUGAAGAUCUACGAGAGGGAGAACUUCAGCGGCCAGAUGCACGAGCUGAUGGACGACUGUGAGAACAUCAUGGAGAGGUUCCGCAUGUCCAACUGCCAGUCCAGCAACGUGAUGGAGGGCCACUGGCUGAUGUACGAGCAGCCCAACUACAGAGGCAGGAUGAUGUACAUGAGGCCCGGCGAGUACAGGACCUUCAUGAACUCCGGCAUGAGCGGCAUGAGGUUCAUGAGCAUGAAGCGCAUCAACGACUCCUGCUAUUAA